AUGGCGGACCACGGGACCGCCACCGUGAAUGACGGCGAACCAGAACCACAACAUAAGGAAUUCCAGAACAACAACAACGACGACGACAAGAAGAAAGAUAAGAAUUCAGAUCCCGAGCAUUUCUGCUGUCUACUUCAGCCUCUCACCCCCGACGCUGAUCCUGAGUAUAUCGGCAUUCGCCGCCUCCUCCUUCAUCGGAAGGCCGAGGCUGGUGCUCUCCGCCGUAGGGAUUGGAGAUGCAAUGGGAAAACGUACGUUGCAUACCGGAAUUACAUAAGCAGGCCUAGGAACUGGGAAAGUUUACGCCCCCCGAGCCUUCAAACUACUCCAGGAAACAGUGGCCGAUGGAUUCCAUCUGCAAGUCCACCCUCCCGUUGGUCUGAGGUGGACAGCUGGAGUUCUGGGAGGGAUGUCCAAGUUGCAAACUCAUUAUCCAAUCAUAGAGCAAGUUUUGGCUCUGGCUCAAAUGCAAGUGAUUCUGAUCGUCCACGGCACCGCGGGGUUGAACCUGCCUAUUCCUUUGUAGGAAUGCAUUGCAUCUUUGACCAGUGCAAAGCCUCUGUUACGGUGUUAAAGUUUGGGCACAUGAGUUCUGACCUACUUGCAUACGGGGCAUCAGAUGGAACCAUGACUGUGUGCAGUGUUUCGGAGAAACCUUCAAUCCUCAAACAAUUAAGUGGCCAUUCCAAAGAUGUCACAGAUUUCGAUUUUACAUCAAACAAUCAGUACAUUGCUUCCACUUCGUUGGAUAAAACUGUGAGAGUAUGGGAGAUAGGUAAAGGCACUUGCAUACGGGUGAUAUAUGGAGUUUCUUCACAACUGUGCAUCCGUUUCCACCCCGUAAAUAACAACUUCCUUUCCGUUGGUAAUGCAAACAAAGAAAUCAAUGUGUUCAAUUUUAGCACUGGAAGGAUAAUCAACAAGGCCGUAUUUGAUGCUGAAGUUACCGCCAUGGACCAUGAUCAUACUGGUCAUCUCAUAUUUUGUGGAGAUGCGCAGGGAUGUAUAUACUCUGUAAAUAUGAACUCCCACACAGGUAUAUUAUCCCGCUCUCAUCGUCAUCGAAGUAGCGGCAAACACAAAUCUCCGGUCACAACAGUGCAAUAUAGGAGUUUCUCUCUGCUGGCUCGAGGACCUGUGUUGUUGACUUGUACUCAGGAUGGAAGUCUGUCUUUCUUCAGUGUGGCUUUAGAGAUAAAAGGUUAUUUAACGCUUCGUUGCUCGCUCAAGUUAACUCCUCGGAUACACAAAAUUCAAGCUUCUUUCUGCCCCCUUCUUUCUCUUGAAAAAGGAGAAUUCAUUGUUGCUGGAAGUGAGGACUCAAACGUCUACUUUUACGAUCUUACAAAGCCAAAACAUACAUGUGUAAACAAGUUACAGGGUCAUCGGUUUCCUGUGAUGGGGAUUGCUUGGAACCAGGGAGAAAACUUUUUGGCUUCAUCUGAUUUUUACGGAGUAGUAAUUGUUUGGAAGAGAGAAAGAACAAAUCAGAACAAGAAUACAUAG